AUGGCUGCUGAGUUUGUGCUUACUUUUGCUGCCCAGGGAAUACUGACCAAGGUCACUGCACUCGCCACUGAGCAACUCAGUCUUGCUUGGGGAUUCAAAGGAGAACUGGCCAAGCUCAGGGAUUCAUUAUCCCUCAUGCAAAACAUCUUACGUGAUGCUGCGGAGCAACCAACAGAUCGGGGCCACACCGUCAAAGCUUGGGUGAAGAAACUUAAAGACAUAGCACAAGAUGCUGAUGAUGUGUUGGAUGAAUUCCAGUAUGAAGUUCUUCGAAGUAAACUGGAGCUGCAAAACCACAUGAAGAAAAAGGUACUCAACUUCUUUUCAAUCUCCAAUCCCAUUGCUUUUCGCCUUAAAAUGGCACAAAAAAUUAAGAACAUCAACCAACUUUUGGCGGAUCUCAAGAGUGAGGCAUCUUUGAUUGGACUGGUUGCAAAACAAAAAGAGGCAACCACCCAAAUUAUGGGGAACAGAGAAACCGUCUCAAGCUUUGAUGAGGAUGAAAAUAUUUUCGGAAGGGAGGAGCUGUUGUCAGAUAUAGUUAAGACUUUGAUCAAGUCCAGCAAUCAUGAAAAUCUUUCUGUUAUGCCCAUUGUGGGAAUGGCAGGCCUUGGAAAGACAACUUUGGCCAAGUCUGUAUACAACGAACCAGAAAUAGAUAAAUCAUUUGACACAAAAAUAUGGGUGUGUGUAUCUAACGAUUUUGAUGUCAAUUCAAUUUUAAGAAGGAUCUUAGAAAUACUUAACCCCACAAAUGCCAGGAUAGAAAGUCGAGAGGCGUUGCUUAAAAACCUCAAAGGAGAGUUGGGAGGGAAGAGAUAUAUUCUUGUACUUGAUGACGUUUGGAACGAAGAUCGUACAAAAUGGAGUAAUUUGAUGAGUUGUUUGUCAAAACUUGGUUCUCAUGGAAGCACCGUGAUUGUCACCACCCGCAGUGCCAACGUUGCAUCAAUUACGGAAACAAAUCCUAAUCUUAGGUGUAAUUUGGAUACUCUACAAGAAGAUGAAUGUUGGUCCAUAUUGAAGGAUAAAGCAUUUCCUAAUUAUGGUAAUGCUCCUAUUACUGCACAUCUGGAGACAAUUGGAAGGCAAAUUGCAAAAAGGUGUGGUGGUGUACCAUUAGUGGCAAAGGUUUUGGGAAGCAUGUUGCGUUCUAGAACUAUUAAUGAAUGGUUGUCAAUUCAAGAAAGUAAAAUAUGGGAAUUACCCGAAGGCGAGGAUAGAAUCAUGUCAAUUUUGAAGUUGAGUUUUGAUUAUUUGGAAUCAGCAUCUUUAAAACAUUGUUUUGCAUAUUGCUCAAUAUUUAUGAAAGAUUUUAAAAUUGAAAGGGAGAACUUGGUCCAACUGUGGGCGGCCGAAGGAUUGCUGCACUCUUCAAGUAAUCCAGAUCUAGAGAUGGAAGAUAUAGGGAAUGCAUAUUUUAAUAUUCUAUUGCAAAACUCCUUUUUUCAAGAUGUUAUAAAGGAUGAAUAUGGAGUUGUUAUAACAUGCAAGAUGCACGAUCUUGUGCAUGAUCUUGCAGAACUAGUGUCAAAAUAUGAUAGAGAAGACAAACCUGGCAUUCGACAUAUGGCACAGACUCCUAUCACACCACAAGGAAUUUCAAAAAGCAAUGUUGGGAAAUUGCGGUCCCUAUUUUCAAAUGGUGAAGGCCUUAGCAAUGGCUUGUCAAGUUUUAAUGCUUUACGUGUGUUGAAUUUAUACAAGGCUAACAUUGUGGAGUUGCCAAGCUCAAUUGGCAGGUUGAAACACUUGAGGUAUUUGGAUGUUUCUGAAACAGGAAUCAAAGAACUUCCAAAAUCUAUUGGCAAGCUUUAUAAUCUGCAGACGUUAAGAAUGUGUGAUACAUGGAAUCUUGGAAGGUUUCCAAAGGAAAUGGAAAAUUUGAUCAACUUGAGGCAUGUUUAUUUUGACGAGGAUAAGGAAGUUCCAUUUGGAAUGAGACGAUUGACUCAUCAGCAGACAUUACGUUACUUUACUUUGGAUAGGGAAAGGAAUCAUGAAAUUGGCGAGUUGGGUGGCUUAAACCAAUUAAAAGGUGAACUAACUAUCAGAUCUUUGGAACAAGUCAGGGACAAAGAUGAAGCAGAGGAAUCAAAUUUAGGAGGGAAAUCAAAUAUACGAAUUUUGACAUUAGAGUGGGGGUCUUACAGCCCCAGAAACAACACAAAGAGUGAUGUACUAGAAGGCCUCCAACCGAACCCUAAGCUAGAAAUCUUAAAGAUUGAAAACUUCAUGGGUGUUAAAUUAGCAACAUGGAUGAUGAGUGGUUUGUUGCUACUCGAUUUGAAAGAGAUCCGGUUAUCCAACUGCAAGGAAUGUGAAGAAGUCCCAUCACUCGGCCAUUUACCACAUCUUAGGCAUAAUCUUCGGUCACUGCUUAUUGGCGGUUGUGAAAAGCUUAGCCAUUUACCUGAUGGGCUACACACACUCUGUCUUCUUGAGAUAUUGGAAAUAGCUGAUUGCCCUAAGCUAACAUGCAUUUCAAUUCACAGUCUCACCUCCCUUCGGGGAUUGCAUAUUGAAAAUUGUGGUGGGUCAGCGAAUCUACAGAUGGUUGAUGAGGAGUUUUCUUUAGAUGAUUUGACAAGUUAUGAAUGCAAUGGGUUGAAAAAUAUACUGAUCAGUGGGCUACAGUCUUGUACCUCUCUACGUUGGGUACGUAUCAUAAAUUGUCAAAAUUUGAGGCAUUUACCGGUGGAUGGGCUACAAACCCUCGUCUCUCUUGAGGAGCUGUACAUAGAGGAUUGCACUAAUCUAGAAGCUAUUCCCAGUUUAGACAACCUCACAUCCCUCCGUGAGUUGUCUAUUCGUGGUUGUGAUGGACUCACAAGUCUACCGAGGGGGAUUCAAUCCCGCACAUCUCUUACAAAAUUGACAAUCAGUAAAUGCCACAAUUUGAUCUCUCUGGCAGAUGUCGAUGUGUCCAGGUUGCAGUCUCUUUCCAAUUUAGAAAUAAUUGAUUGUCGGAAAUUAAAAUAUUUGCCAACCGGGCUACGCUCUCUGAGUAUGGAAAGGAUGAAAAUCGGUAUGUUUUGGGAGGAGCUCGAUUCUUUCCCUGAUUUUGAGCUUCCAUCACAAAUCCGAUGGUUAAAGAUCUCAGGGUGGCCUAAGCUCAAAUCUUUGCCUCAACAGAUUCAACACUUGACUACUUGUCUACAAUAUUUGUCUGUAAGUUCUUUCGACAGCAUAGAGGCUUUUCCAGAGUGGUUGGGUAACCUUACAUCUCUUAUCACCCUGCAUAUUAAGGAGUGUAAGAAUCUGAUGUAUCUGCCUACCGUUGAAGUUAUGCAACGCCUCACCAAAUUAAGAGAACUAGACAUUGAUGGAUGUCCCCGUCCAGCUGAAAGAUGCGCCAAGGAGAGCGGCCCAGAAUGGCACAAGAUUUGGCACAUCCCAGAUAUUAUAGUUGACGGAGUUGACCAAUUUGAAGAAUCGGAAUCUUCAAGUCAUGAUUCGACUGACUCAAAUCCUCACCAAACUAGCACAGUUAGAUGUUCAUGUUUUUCCUCCUAA